GGGGGAAGGAAUCGGAAUCGGGGAUCUAGCGGGAACGUAGUACUUGUUCUAUGUUCUUAUUAAAGACAACGCGUUGUAUCCUCUUGCAGGCUUGAAGGAGUGAGAGGCGCAAGCCACCCUCAAUUAUUCCGUGCUGAAGUUUCAGCCAAAACACAAUUAGAGAUAAAGUUAGUUUUUUGAACCUGCCCGGCGGUGUAGCCCGAGCCACGUCAGCCACCGGGGAGACAGACAGACAGACAGACAGACUACACUGGCUUUUAGCAGGUACACUGAAGAAGGUGCGAGUUCUUGGAUUACCAAGUGGGGGCAACGGAGCUGCUCCCGAUCCCUCCGCCAAUCUUUCGCUUGUAUCAUUGCUUGUGGUGGGGAAUUUCGUGAUGUUUUGAAGUCGUGGGGAGGCGGGCGAACUCUGUCCAUGGAUGUGUCGGGGAAGAAUCGCUAGCUGCCAGAGACAUGGAAGUGGUUGACGAGACUGAAGCUUUGCAACGCUUUUUUGAAGACCAAGAGGUAGCCCAGUCCCGAAUGGCUUAUGCGGAUGGCCCCUUCAGACAUUACCACACAGGACAUGAAAUCAAUGGAGCUCUCGACACUUCCAACAUUGACACGAGUAUUCUGGAGGAGUACAUCAGCAAAGAAGACUCUUCUGAAAUCUGUUUUCCAGAUCUCCCAGUCUCCGUGAGUUAUUCCAACCCUCAAGCAUUGGCCAAUGGUUCGGUGGGUCAUUCCAUUCCUGGCGCCAUUGUCAACAGUCCUUCCACCAGUGGAGUCAACCAUCUCUGUCAUGUAACCGCUGGCUCUAUUCCCAUGGCAACCAGGCAUGGAGGUCACAUGCCUAACCCUGCAUCAUGUGGCCCAGGCCUCAAUGGCCAUCUGAACUGCCCCUGCAGCAAUGGGAUGAUCGUAAAAAGCUAUCCCAACAACAUUUGUAUGAACAGCAACACUACUGCUAUCAAAGUGGAACCAAAGCCCUCCUAUGCACCUGGCACUUUACCUGAAUCUCCUCCUGAUUCCGGAUCUGAGCCGUACUCCCCUCCACAGGCAAACGCAGAGUCCCACCUGCUCCGCACCAUGACACCUGAGCACCUGUGUCACAUGGCUCCUCCAUCUCGCCUGGACCAUCCUGCCACCACCCACCUACAGCCACCACACCCCCACACACUGCCCAACCCCCACUACCCCACCAUGCCGCGGGACAUGUACAUGAAGCCCGAGCCCACGAUGACCCAGUAUCCAGUGGCAGGAAUGUCGCCAAAUGAGCUCCAUCAGGCCCAGCAGUCCCAGAUGCUUCACCAGCUACUACAGCACCACGGUUCAGAGGGCAUCCCUAUGCAUGCAGCCAAGAAGAGGAAACAUUCGGACUCGCCGCCAAAUACUUUAAACACUCAGAUGUUGAAUGGGAUAAUAAAACAGGAGCCAGGGUUGAUGCAAGACAACGACAGCCUAAAUGGUUCCUACCUGGACCCUAACUACCAAUGCAUUAAAUGGCAGCCACACCAGCAGAACAAAUGGAGCGCUCUGUGUGACGCCAAUUGCAAAGACUUACCUAAUCCAAGCUAUAGAGUGGACGCUGACAAAGGCUUUAACUUCUCUGUCCCUGACGAUGCCUUUGUUUGCCAGAAGAAGAACCACUUCCAGGUCACGGUGUACGUCGGCAUGAUGGGUGACCCCAAAUAUGUGAAGACAUCUGAGGGGCUCAAACCAAUCGAUUUCUUCUUCUUAAAAUUGCACGGAGUAAAGUUGGAGACAAUAAACCAGAGCAUCAACAUUGAGCAGUCACAGUCAGACCGCAGCAAGCGACCCUUCAAUCCCGUCACGAUUAACAUCCCUUCUGAUCAGGUCACAAAAGUCACUGUUGGAAGGUUACAUUUCAGUGAAACAACAGCUAACAACAUGAGAAAGAAGGGGAAACCCAAUCCUGACCAAAGGUACUUCAUGCUGGUGGUCACUCUUCAAGUUCAGACCCAGAAUCAGAAUCACCUUGUGGCUGCUCAAAUCUCUGAAAGAAUUAUUGUCCGGGCGUCAAACCCUGGACAGUUUGAGAGCGACACAGAUGUCCUGUGGCAGCGUGGCCAACUUCCGGACACGGUCUUCCACCACGGUCGAGUGGGUAUUAACACAGACCGUCCUGAUGAAGCGCUGGUUGUCCAUGGCAACGUCAAGGUCAUGGGCUCAUUAAUGCACCCAUCAGAUGCUCGGGCAAAGGAGAACAUCCAAGAGGUGGACACCACAGAACAGUUGAGGAGGAUCACACAGAUGCGGCUCGUCCAGUAUCAGUACAAGCCAGAGUUUGCUGCCACAGCAGGCCUGGAAAAUGGUUCUCAGACAGGUGUCAUUGCACAAGAAGUGAAGGAAAUUCUGCCUGAGGCAGUGAAGGAGUCAGGGGAUGUGGUCUGUGCUAACGGAGUGACCAUUGAGAAUUUCCUGGUGGUUAACAAGGAACGGAUUUUCAUGGAGAAUGUUGGGGCAGUCAAGGAGCUUUGUAAACUAACUGACAACCUCGAGACACGGAUCAACGAACUGGAGACAUGGAGUCGGAAACUGGCCCGGUUAAAGCGUCUGGACAGCAUGAAGUCCACUGUCAGUGGGGGGACACUGAGCCAAACGGGCAGCCAUUUUAGUCGGGCUGGAAGUGGGCAACAUAAGAAGAGGCAUCCAAAGAUUGGUGACAAGGCUCCAUCUAACCCAACAGAGCAAAGUUGCCUGAGCCAGAAGUUCCUGCAGGGCACCAUCAUUGCUCUGGUCAUCAUCAUGGCAUUCAGCGUAAUAUCCAUGACCACUCUUUACGUGCUAAACUUGCGAAAUGAUGAUGAUGCAGAUGCUGAUGGACCUUUUGGAAAUGUAAAGCCAGAAGCAACCGCAGCAGAAAACCACUGGCCUACACCUCUGGGCUGGCAUCGGACUGUUGGAGCACAACAUCCAGUUGCUGUACCUUCACCUGCUUCUCCUGCUUCCAGUUCCCAAUCCCUCCGUCCACUUAGUUUAUGCAACACUUCUCCAUGUGAAGUGUUGUGCUGCCCCCUUAACUCUACAAAGCCACCCACAAGUAGCAUCCUGCCAGUGACCACCAUCCCAUUGACCCCUUCUCCAGCUAGCACUAACCAUUCCACUGCUGAUCAGACUGGCCCGUCCUCCAGUAGCAACAUCAAAGCCAAAUCAUCAGUAAACGAGAAUCAGAAGGAGUAUAACACGAGGCACAUGGCUCCCAGGGACGGGACUGGAGGCUCAAACAAUGACAGUCCACCACCGCAGGUCCCCAACAUCCACGGCAAAUCAAAGUUUCCUCCUCACUACACCAGCACGCAGAAUAAACUACCUGGACUCCAGGCACGAAGCCACAGAAGUGUCGAGCAGUCAGAUACUACCAACAGCAACAAAGACUGGCAGAACACCACCUUAUCUUCGAUCCAGAUUGUGGAGACUGGUCUGGAGAUCACGGAGCAGUACUGUUCGACACAGGGAUCCUGCAGCUCAGGGAAUUACACCUACUCAAUCCCAGUCAGCAAGACCACAUCCGUGGACACCACCAUCAUGAUGCAGAUGAAGACCGCUUCACCUCUCGUUGUUUACCUGUGUAAUGUUAACUAUGGCAACUUAUGUGGAACUGUAUCAAAUACUGGCUUGAAAAUGAACAGAUCAACGACCCAGGGAACAACGCAUAACUGGCCACUGCUGGUCGGGCCGUACUAUGACGUCACCUAUCACUUCCGAGUGGCUGCUCCAAACCAGGCUACAUGCAGAAGAGAGAGCACGUCCAUAGGAGAUUCCUUCACACAGUACAGCUUCAAUUUCUACCGAAUCUGCAAUUGAGCAGGAAGGAGGGUUCCACGGAGCUAGUGACUUGGUUGAGUGUGGGAAUGAGAGACCAAAAGGUGGCGCUUUCGAUUGUCCAGCUCGGCAGUAAGGAACUCUCAUUGAGAGUACGUGGCCCAGUACUUGCUCUCUCUCACUGACUCAGGGAAUGGCCGAUAGACAAGAGUCCAAUUCCUGGUUGCAGCCACCCGCUGAUUCUGCUGGACGAUGUUUCUGUGUAGACUUCAAUUGAAGACAGGGGCAGGCUUAGCUUCAACGCGUGAAAAUCGGGCAAGUAACUGGAUGUCAGGUCAACGAUCUGAUCAGUAAAAUGGAGACAGUGGGAACUGCAGAUGGUGGAAUCUAGUGCAGAACACAAAGUGCUGGAGUAAAUCAGCGGGGCAGGCGGCAUAUGUGGAUGACGUGGAUAGGGGAGGUUUGGGGUCGAAACUCUUCCUCAGACUCACCCCACUGUCCCAUUGAAUGGAAGAUCUAUACGAUGCCUCCAACACUUAACGCUGCGAUGAAGGGUCUCGACCAGAAGUGUCACCUAUCCAUGUUCUCCAGAGAUGCUGCCUGACCCGCAAAGUUGUUAUUCCAUCACUUUGCGUUCUCCAACGAUUUGUUCAGCCGGUCCCAUUGAAUGGCAGGACAGAUUCAAGGCCUAGUGUCACUGUGAUCACGCCGCCCACCGGUACAAGAUCACCACCAAGAACUGGGCCCCAUCGAGGUGGAGCCUGUUCCCCACAUCACCACCCUUGCUCCACCACUUAAUGUUGCGGUAGCUUUUACUGGCAGUGCCUGGGUUUCUACACAACACACUCGGGCAAGGUACUAAGCGGGCACAUGGUCUCCGUUCGUUACCAGUCCAGAAUCAAAUCUCAGGAGAGGAAUAAAAUUGAAGAGGAAACUGGAGACGCUCACACUUAAUUAACAUCAAGGGUGUUGAUACUUUUUUUUAAAUCUAGAAAACUGGAUUGUAUCAAAUACGAGGUCAAUCGACUCCCAAGAAUAGGCUGUCAAGUCGGUACGAUUCCACUGCUUAACCUUAAUAACGGUAUCUUAAAAAAUAUAAAUUGCUAAAUAAAAAUAGCUCAAAGCUCCCUGUAAAUAUUAUGUAUUUUUAAUUGCCGUUGCAAUCAUUUCUUAAAGCACUAAUUUUUAUUUUAUUUUUACAAUCACUUGUUAAUCGUUGUACGUACAUUAGCUUUUUUUUAUGUGUCAGGAUUCUUGUUUUAUUCUGCGGUGGGUUAAGUCUAAACGAGGCUUACAAAUAAGUUUCUGCUAUUUUUGUUUUUAGCUUCAGUGUACUUGAGGUUCUUUGUGUUAUUGAAGAUAUAUUUAUUGUUCUGUUCUGAUGCCUUGACAGCUAACUGCUCUUGUUUAUCUGUAUUGUCCAGUUAGAAAUUGUAUGAAACUUUAGUACUAUGUCACAACAGCAGGGAUGAAACAAUAUUCUUAGCCAACCUUGCAUCAUCCACAAAUGUGAAAAUCCAUUCUCUUUCUCCCAUGCCCAACAUCUUAAAUUCGAAAUCACUUUAAAAUGAUCAGGGUUCGUGUCUCUAAAGGCACCGUUCUCGUGUUACCGUUUUAAAAGCGUCCCUUUAUCAUAAUAUAACCAAUUGAGAUGUAAUGUCAUUGCCCGCAUUAAUUGUAGCCCAAUUCAGUCUGAAAAUUGGAGUAAUGUACUGGAUUACCCGUGGUGUUACAUCGCGAGAACAAAGCUUCUUUUCAAGGAUUUAAAAAAAAUCUGUGGUUAAUCUCGCCUCACAUCUGAUGAAUCGAAUCCGAUGUUGCAUAACGUGGCUAAUUCUUUGAUCUCUUCUGUUGCCAAAUUAGGAUUCGUACUUUUGACGAAACGUAUUACGAUCGUUGAUUAUGUUCAUCUCUUACCAAAUAGUACUCGGCUGUCGAUAUGCAAUAAAUAUUGUUAACUCAAACAUUCCUGUGGCUCAUGGUACAUUUAACUGUCGACCGUUGAGAUAACAAACACCACUAAGUGCUUUUUUUUUACAUCGCUUGUUGAUUUUAAUUUCAAACGUUGUCAAAUCGAUAUGUAUCAUUUUUUUUUACCUAGCAUUUAACAAUAAAACAUUAUUAUUCAAGG